AUGUCGCGAUGUAAGUUAAGCAAAACCGUAUCCUUUCCAACACCAACCCGCCACGAGUGGUCCAAGACGUAUUUGGCACGUCCCAAGGACCAUCUCAUUGCCCAUCCUGACAGUCAACUGAAGCAACCAUUCCGUCCGUCGUACGAUAAGGAUGCCGAUCCAACGAUGGACUGUUUGCUCGAAUGGUCCUACGCCCGUAUUUGGCAGGCUGAGGCACAAAAUUACCGCUUCAAUCGAACCGUUACCGAGCGGGAAAAGUCGACCAAGAAGAAAUUUCCCGUCUACUCCGACCGUAAACCGAAAACGGCCGUCAUGCCCAAGGAACGCUUUACGAUGAAACGGUUCCAGAAUGUGUCGGCGAAGGUUGAUACGGGCCGUGCAAGCAGUGUCCCACUGUGCCCAUUAAGUACCUGCUGA